AUGAGAGGUUAUCAUCGCGGGCAGAAGGAUUCCUUCAUCCCGCCGCCGGGACAAGACCACCACCGCCGUCAAUUCAAAGCCUCCCGUGACUCCGACGCGAGCUUCGCCAGCAGCCGCCCGUCGUCCGUCGGCGUCGGCCGCCCGUCCGCCGCUCUGGUCGAUGCCUACAAAGACCGCUCCCACCAGGCGGAAACCCUUCGCGCCAUCAACUCCUAUCUCUCCUCUCAGUCCUCGUCCAUCGUGCUUCCCACAGGCCAAGCCCCCUCCAGCAAACAGAUCAAGGAAACCCUAGCUUUCCUUCUCCUGCAGCUCGAUUACCCGGUCGAGCUCAAGACGGUGGAAGACGAUCUGUUGACCGUUCUCAAAUUCUUCAAAUGCCCUAUCAAGAUCAACGGGUCUACGCUCCGCGCGCCCAACACUCCUCACAAUUUCCCUUCCUUCCUCGCCCUAAUGCACUGGCUGGUUCACAUUGCCAAUUGUAGCGAGCAUCUCAGGAAGAAGUCAGGUUCGUCUCUUAAAAAUGAUGAAAUACUUGCUCACGCCUUCGAUACUUACUUGAAGUACAUUGCCGAUGACCAAGAUUCGGAAGAGGCGUUGGAUGCGGAAUUCACAGCCAAGUUGGACAAGGACAAGGACGAAGUCAAGGAAGGGAUUGCGUGGUUGGAGAAUGAGUGUAGUGAACUAGCUGCCGAGGUGGAGAGGUUGAAGGCUGCGCCGUCGGAGAGGGUGAGAUUGGAGACGGAGAAGGGUUGUCUGGAACAGGAUGUGAGCAAGUUCCAUGUCAUGCUGGGGGAGUUCAAACAGAGAAUCGAGAGCACGGAGAAGGUGUUGCAGGACAAGCGAGCCGCCAUCCUUGCCAAAGUUGAGGAGACGAAUAGGUGCAAUGCCGAGAAUGAAGAGUUGAGGAAGCAGGUAGAGAGCCAGAGUUUUAAUAUCCGGGAUGCAGAAAGGAUGAGGAGGGAGCUGCAGGCGGUGGAGAGAGAAUUCGAGGAGGCGGAAGCUUCGAGGAAUGAGUUGGAGGAGAAGAUAUGGGACCUGGAAGCAACGAUUGGGAAAAAGUUCAAGGAGCUUGAGGCAGUGGCCAUGGAUUGUAACCAGGAGGCUAGGAGAUUGAAGCUUGAGAACAUCUUUCAGCAUGGCUUGAAUGCUAACGGUUCCACCCCAACUGAAGUAUUGGGGAUCGACUACAAGUCUAUGCUUAAACCUAGACUUAAUUCCCUUGCUGAUGAUCUGAAGAAGAGCUGUGUGUUAAAGCUGGAGGAGGUGAUGUCGCUUCAGCAACAAUCAUCAGAAUUGGAAACUAAGAUUGGCAUCAAAAGACAAGAUCUUUCCCAGCUACAGUCUCAGAUUGAUGAAAUGGAAGCUCAGCUGAAUCAUAUCAAGACAGAAAUAGAGGAUUACCAGAGCAGAUGUGCAUUGGAAGCAAAAAGCAUGGUGGAAAGCAUUGGAAACGAGGCACAUACCUUGAUGUUGUUAGAAAAAGAAGCUGCAGCUAUUCUGCAGGAUAAGAAGGUGAAGUUAGGAGAAGCGAUCAAACAAAGUGAAGAACAAGUCCAAGUGAAAGCUCGACAACUUUUCACCCUGGUGGAUUCAGUCUCAAAGUACAAGGAGCACACUGACUCCUGUAUCUCGCGCAUGAAUAACAAGCUCACUAAAACUGAGGCUGCUAUCUCAGAUGCCAACAAUACUGUUUUACCCCUUCAACUGGGCACCAAUUCUACGGCCUGA